GCAAGUAUAUAAUCUGUAGCACCUAGUUCCCCGGAAGCCUCCAGGCUAGACUGGAAGUGGGCAGCUCUCCAGAGACGUGGGUGUAACACUGCACAGAAACCUCUGCUCACCUCAGGAGAAACCAAACUUGGAGAAAAUGUUUGCGGUACACUUGUUGGCGUUUUACUUCACCAAGCUGAAGGAGGAUCAGAUCAAGAAGGUGGACAGGUUCCUGUACCACAUGCGCCUCUCCGAUGAGACCCUUUUGGACAUCAUGGCUCGCUUCCAGGCGGAAAUGCAGAAGGGCCUAGGGAAGGACACCAACCCCACAGCCUCGGUGAAGAUGCUGCCCACCUUUGUCAGGGCCAUUCCAGAUGGCUCGGAAAAUGGGGAAUUUCUCUCCCUGGAUCUUGGAGGAUCCAAGUUUCGAGUCUUGAAGGUGCAAGUCUCUGAAGAGGGGAAACGAAAUGUCCAGAUGGAGAGUCAGUUUUACCCAACACCCAAUGAAAUCAUCCGAGGGAAUGGCACAGAGCUGUUUGAGUACGUAGCUGACUGUCUGGCAGAUUUCAUGAAGACCAAAGAAUUGACGCAGAAGAAAUUACCUCUUGGCCUAACCUUUUCCUUUCCCUGCAAACAGACUAAAUUAGAAGAGGGUAUCCUGCUUUCAUGGACGAAGAAGUUUAAGGCGAGGGGAGUUCUGGGCACAGACGUAGUGAGCUCUCUGACCAAUGCUAUGAAAAGACACCAGCAGGACUUAGAUGUGGACAUCCUGGCUUUGGUCAACGACACUGUGGGGACCAUGAUGACGUGCGCCUAUGACGAUCCCUACUGCGAAGUUGGUGUCAUCAUCGGUACCGGCACCAACGCGUGCUACAUGGAGGACAUGAGCAACAUCGACCUGGUGGAGGGCGACGAGGGAAGGAUGUGCAUCAACACCGAGUGGGGGGCCUUCGGGGACGACGGGGCCCUGGAGGACAUCCGCACUGAAUUCGACCGGGAGCUGGACCUCGGCUCUCUUAACCCCGGGAAGCAGCUGUUUGAAAAGAUGAUCAGCGGCCUGUACUUGGGUGAACUCGUCAGGCUUAUCUUGCUGAAGAUGGCCAAGGCAGGCCUCCUGUUUGGCGGCGAGAAAUCCUCUGCUCUUCACAUUAAGGGCAAGAUUGAAACACGACAUGUAGCUGCCAUGGAGAGGUACAAAGAAGGCCUAGCCAAUACGAGAGAGAUCCUGACAGAUCUGGGCCUGGAGCCUUCCGAUGCAGAUUGCAUUGCGGUCCAGCACGUCUGUACCAUCGUCUCCUUCCGCUCAGCCAAUCUCUGCGCAGCCGCUCUGGCAGCCAUCCUGACACGCCUCCGGGAGAACAAGAAGCUGAUGCGGCUCCGGACCACAGUGGGCAUGGACGGCACACUGUACAAGAUCCACCCCCAAUACCCGAAGCGCCUGCACAAGGUGGUGAGGAAACUGGUCCCGAACUGUGACGUCCGCUUCCUCCUGUCAGAGAGUGGCAGCACCAAGGGGGCUGCCAUGGUGACUGCCGUGGCCUCCCGGGUGCAGGCCCAGCGGAAGCAGAUUGAUAAGGUGCUGGCUCUGUUCCGGCUGACCCAAGAACAGCUUGUGGGCGUUCGGAACAAGAUGCGGGUUGAGUUCGAGUACGGGCUGAAGAAGGAUACCCACCCGCUGGCCACAGUCAAGAUGCUGCCCACCUACGUCUGUGGGAUGCCGGAUGGCACAGAGAAAGGAAAGUUCCUUGCCCUGGAUCUGGGGGGAACCAACUUCCGGGUCCUCCUGGUAAAGAUCAGAAGUGGACGACGGUCAGUGCGGAUGUACAACAAGAUCUUCGCCAUCCCCCUGGAGAUCAUGCAGGGCACGGGCGAGGAGCUGUUUGACCACAUCGUGCAGUGCAUCGCCGACUUCCUGGACUACAUGGGCCUCAAGGGAGCCCAGCUGCCUUUGGGCUUCACGUUCUCAUUUCCCUGCAGGCAGGCGAGCAUUGACAAGGGAACACUCAUUGAGUGGACCAAAGGCUUCAAAGCUACUGACUGUGAAGGGGAAGAUGUGGUGGAUAUGCUCAGGGAGGCCAUCAAGAGGAGAAAUGAAUUUGACCUGGACAUAGUUGCAGUUGUGAAUGACACAGUGGGAACCAUGAUGACCUGUGGCUACGAAGAUAGUAAUUGUGAGGUUGGCCUGAUUGCAGGAACAGGCAGCAACAUGUGCUACAUGGAGGAGAUGAGAAACAUUGAACUGGUGGAAGGGGAUGAAGGGAAGAUGUGCAUUAAUACCGAGUGGGGAGGAUUUGGAGAUAAUGGCUGCCUCGAUGAUAUCCAGACCCAAUAUGACAAGGAGGUGGAUGAGGGGUCCUUGAAUCCCGGCAAACAGAGAUACGAGAAAAUGACCAGUGGGAUGUACCUGGGGGAAAUCGUGCGGCAGAUCCUGAUCGACUUGACCAAGCAGGGUCUCCUCUUCCGCGGCCAGAUUUCAGAACGUCUCCGGACCAGGGGCAUCUUUGAAACCAAGUUCUUGUCUCAGAUUGAAAGCGACCGGCUGGCCCUCCUCCAGGUCAGGAGGAUCCUGCAGCAGCUCGGCCUGGACAGCACAUGUGAGGAUAGCAUCGUGGUGAAGGAGGUGUGCGGUGCUGUGUCCCGGCGGGCGGCCCAGCUUUAUGGUGCUGGCCUGGCUGCCAUCGUGGAGAAGAGGAGGGAAGACCAGGGACUUGAGCACAUGAGGAUCACCGUGGGUGUGGAUGGCACCCUGUACAAGCUGCACCCACACUUUUCUCGGAUUCUGCGGGAAACUGUGAAAGAACUAGCUCCUCAGUGUGAUGUGAUGUUCAUGCUGUCAGAAGAUGGGAGCGGAAAGGGAGCAGCUCUGAUCACUGCUGUGGCCAAGAGGUUACAGCAGGCACAAAGGGAGCACUAGGAGCCCCCUGGGGUUGGGCCUGGUGUUCUUUGGCUACUGACCAGCCUUUCCUCUGGCAGAUGAGUUAAUCAGAGACCAACACGCAAGCUUCUGGCUGGCUUCACCUUCUGGAUGGCCAAACGAGAACCCCAGGUUCUUGCGUACUCUUAGAAUUUCGUUACUGGCUUUCAGCAGCAUGAAAUGACUCUCUAUUUGCCAUCUUUGUACCAAAGAUGAGCCAACUUGUAAAACCAAAGCAUUGGUCCCGAGAGAUUCCAUUUCAGCAAAUUUCUCAUUUGAGACCUAAGCUGUUAAUUUUCUGUGGCUUAGUGUCCUGUGGCUGCUGGACUUGGAAGGAAAUACACACUCAGCCCAGGUGGCCUGGCUGGCUGAAUUCCUUAUGGGGAUGCUUCAGUCAUGGUUUGUAGCAGAUUGGGCCAUCUACUGGGAAUGCACAUUUCAGAGGGAUAGGGGCUCACAUAAUUACCUGGAGAUCUAAUCUAACUUGUCGUGUUGACUUCAAGCAUGAAGUGAGAACAAAACUUUGGAGUAUUCAGCCCCAGGAUGAAAUCAUCAUCCCAGGAUGAUUGUCAGGGAUCUCCAUAGGAAACUCUUCAUGCUUAAAGUGAGUUAUAUCAGCGCCCUGUAGGAUUUGUUUCUCAAUACAUGUGAGUGACCGGGAGGGUGCUGUUCGGGGCACCUGUUAAUCAUUGUACAGGUGGCUUGUGCCACUGCUGAUGAUAGCUUUUUAAAGGACUAUCAGGUAUAUGAAAUCCAGUAAAAGAAAAAAUAUUUGAUUUCCCAAGAAUCUUUGAAUGAAGUUUUAAUAGUUCAUCUGGGAAUGAAAUGAUUUCAUCACUUGGGAACUCCAUGCUCUGUUGGUGGAAGAAGAGACACAUAGAGUCAGAAGUUGUGGUUUAAACUCUCUCCUUUAAACUCCUUACCAACAAGGAGAAAAUAUAUGGACUAAUGUCUAUAAUAUCUUUAACAAAUUAUCUGAAUUUGAUUUGAAUGAAUACUUCCUGUGACCAGGGCAUUUACCCUAUGACCCUACAGCUCUUGCUUUUGAACAGCAGGAGUUGACCAGAAGAAGUUUUGUCUUCCAAACUGACCCCUACCUCUCUGGAACUUGGCCCCUCCCACAUGCUCCAUCUGUCUCUAUUCUACCGUCCCAAACUAAGAGGAACUGGCCUGUCCUUGACCUUUUCCUCCCUGGAUGUCCUCUCUCUUUCUCUUUCUAUUCAUUUAAUUCCCUGCUCCCAUUCUCUAAACCACCUGUAACCUUCUACCUUGUCACAGAGUUAUCUGUACACGUCUCUUAUCAAGCCUGGUAGAUUCUAAGUGCUUUGUUAGAUACAUUUUUGUUCUGGCCCAGGGAACCCAGCACUGUGCCAUUCCUAUUAAAUAUUUCCUAGAUAGAGGCAUGAUUGAAAUAAAGUCUUCCAAGAAAUUUUUCUUAGAAAAAAUGUAGGCCAUUAUCAUGGGUAACAAACUGAAUAGAAUGAUAUUUGAUAUUCCAGAUCAUCCAGGUUGAUUUAUUUCAUGUACUUAAUGGUGCUAAUUGUCUCCAUUUGCUAAAGCAAGACAUUCAAACAGAUAGAAUGGAGGAGGCUGGAGGGAGGGUAAGAGAGAGUCUAGUUGAGGCUGGGAACAGAUGAGCGAGUUCCCUAGGAAAUAUUUUUUCACACGUUUAUGAAAUAGGUAUGGAGAUACUGUUGUGGGUUUACAGGUUCUAGUUACCAAAAUAAACUUUGUUUUUGCAUUGGCAUUAUA